AGUUAGGGAGAAUUUUUUAUUUGACAAUCAUUGACGAUAGGGGGCAGCAAUGCACGUCAAUGAACUGUAAAGUGUAAACGGUCUGUCUCUCACUACGAGUAUCUGUAUCCACGGGACUCCCUGUUCUUAUUCAACGGCUUUUUGCAGUUUUCAGUGAAGAGUGAAGUUUAAGGUAAAAAAAGCAUACAUAUUGAGGUACAAAAUGAGUUUAAACUAUACCAGCAUAUGGAAAAACGCUAUAAUACCGAAAGGUAUGACGAGAGGACGCUUGCUUUACGAGGAACUCAGUCGAACGUUGGACGACGGAGAGGAUUUUACUGAUUUUGCCACAUCAACCUUGAAGAAAAUUUUGAGCCAUUUCACUAACUUGGAUAAAAAUGAAAUUUUAAUGUACGCAGUUAAAUACGAACGAAUGGUUAUAGUUGAUUGCUUUGCCAAAGCUGAAACCAAAAUUAGUAAUCUUCCCCAGUUUACCAAAACGGCUAUUCAUGAAAUUGACCGUAAAGAUAAUUAUUACUUGUUAUGUAAUAUUUACGAUGACGUCAAUUACAUCGAUGAAAAUGGUUAUUCACAUUUUCACGCGGCUUGCAAGUUUGGGAACGAUGGAGCUGUGCAGAGGUUCAUCGAUCAAGGCACUCAUAUAAAUAUUACCUGUUCGAUAAGUAAUGUUUUUGAUCAUACACCUCUGGAUCUGGCAGUUUUUUAUGAACAUGUACAAGUAGUUCGAUUACUACUGGAAGCAGGUGCUCGUGUAGAUGAUUGCGAUAUGUUUGGAAUGACACCCUUAAACCGUACCUGCCUGAACAUAGGGGCCAAUGUAUUUUGUGAUUUGGAAAUUAUUCGAACUCUUGUAGAUUUCAAAUCUGAUAUUAAUCUGAAAGAUAAUAUAGGUAACAGUUCAAUAGUCAAUUUAUUUUCUGGUGAUAUCAUAAGUCCUUACCAUAAGGAAGUAUUGCAAAUACUUCUAAAAAAUGAUGUACAUGUUGCGGAUGUUGACAAAGUUGCUCAGAGAAUAUUGUCCCUAGCUGAUCCUAACGAAUUUUAUAAGAUGCAACAUUAUUUUAAAUUCUGCGAACGAAAUCGGAAUACAACUAUUAUCGAGAUGAUACAAAUACUACUUGAACGAGGUGUCGAUAUAAACGCCAAAGGACCAAAUAAUGAUUCACUAUUAGAUCUCGCUAUAUUUCACAAUAAUUACGAUUUGGUCAAAUUUUUUUUGGAACGUGGCGCUAAUAUGGAUGGCGUAAAAAUUGAAGCUCAGCUACUAUAUAGUUUAAGUCGGAUUCCUAAAAAUUUGGAAAUGAUACGAAAUGUUUUGAAUAUAAUUGAUCUCUUGGAAGAGAACAGAAGAGGAUUUCAAAUGAACAACAAUUUACAUCUGACCUUAGGUGUGAUCAAAUUUUUCAUUCAGCCCAAUCCAAGUGCAGAUUUUAUUUUUGAUACUGAUGAUGAUAGCGAUGAUUCUGAUGAUGGGAUCAGCACAACUGAAUUAGGUCCUCUCACAGCAGGAUUUGUACAAUUUCUUAAUAACCCGGGUUUUGAUCGUAAUUUUGGAACUUGGAUAGCUAUUAUAGAAGAAGGGAAAAUGUUCAUGGAUAUGAAAAAACUUGAUCAUCUUCAAAAGUGGAAACAAAAUGCUUUACUGUCUAAGACUAAAAUUAAUAAGCGCACAAAGAUUUCUAAAUAUAUUAAUAAAGCUAAAAGUACAAAGAUGAGCAAUGGGCAUUCUCUUUUAGAGCUUUGUACUUCUAGUCCUAAACAAACUUAUUCACUGCUACGGAAUUCGGAAUAUGAAUCUAUAGUGAAUUCUGAAGAUUUUAUGGAAAAAUUUGGUCCCGUAGGAGGAGUUGUUAGAGCAUACAUUACUGAAAGUAUUGUCAAAAGAUAUUUGGCACGUAAGGGUCAGGAGUUCUUGCGUUUAUUGAUUCAAUUUAAUUUACCAGAUCUUUGUUGUGAGAAUAUUAUUAAAUAUUUAGACGACGAUGAACUAUUUUUGAUGUGUCAAUCAGUUGUAUUUUAAAAGUAUGAGUUGUAUCAGGUAUAUUUAAUUUAAAAAGCAAUUUCACUGUGUUAAUGUUAUGAACAAUUUACCAAUAUUGAGAUUG